CAAUCGAGGAAACAAAAAUAUGCGGCAUGUCCUCGUAAAUGUCAAAAAGUUUUAAAUAGAAUUUUCUCACGUGUGUGCGUGUGUUAUCAUUCGUUUUGUAUUACAAUACGUCAUAGCCAUAGUAUAAUGUUACGCGUUGUUGUAAUAUUACUACGUUAAAUAAAUUGUAAAUUGCAAGAAGCAAAACGGUGAGGAUAGAAAUGUCAAAAAUGAUUAAGCGUUUGCGUCAAAAGAAGCUGUUCCAGCCCAAAACCAGCAGAUGCUUGUCGAUGGUCAGGCCGCUGAGGAUAUUUCAAUUCUUUGCGGUGCUGCUACUGUUCGCGUUCACGAUCUACAUGACCGCGAUGGAUCCUACACCGAUAAGCGCCCUCGCCUGCAUCCUCCUGAUUAGCCUGUCGGGCGUAUACGUUUUCGUCUUAGCCGUCGAGCUGAUCAGCCACUUUGCCGAUGGCGCCUUGCACGUUAUUCCGACGACCAUAUUUUCCUUGCUUGGUCUCUUGUUUUUCGGCGUUGCCGGAAUUUUAUUGAUUUGCAACGCCUACGCACAACUUGCGGUGCAAAUGGUAGCGAUGGCACUGUGUCUGCUGACAGCGUUAUUAUUUUUAAUCGAUAUCACGAUGGUACUCGUAUUUUGGAAGAGAAAAUGCUCGGCCUGUUGCAAACGAUAUUGCAAUAAUGUAGAACUUUUAUCGCAUAAAGGCGGAGAACCGAGUGUCAUAUCAAAAACCGAAACAAUGAGGCACGAUGUAACGACCAGUCUGAGUGACGUCAGGGUGCCCCACGAAUUGGAAGACGUCGCAAUGCCUGAUCACUGUUACCGCAAAGUCGAGUAUCCCCGACGGCGAGAGUACGUCGACUGUCCUACCUGCGUGCCAUCAUUGUGUAAUCUCGACAACGCUCAAAUUCAAACGGAACCGAAAAAGAUGUCUGUCGUGGAGAGUCAAACUCCGAGAGCGAUCACGAAGGAGACGCCAAUGCAGACGUCGAGCAAAUGCGAGUUCUGUGAACAACAAAUACAAUUCGCCAAAGAAGCUAGCAUGCCCGAUGCGCACAACUUUCCACAUUCAUCACAAUGGAGUUAUCCUGCUAUCGUGCAGUUCAUUCGCGGCGGGGUCAGCGCGCCGUGUUGCCCCGGAUGCAAAUGCGCAAUGAACACGACACAGACGCAACAGCAACGGCGACAGCAGCAACAGCAACCGCAGCAAUUGACGCAACAACGUGCGGGAUCCCCAGAAGUGUCGAAUUCUAACAAAACGACGAGUGAGACAACACAGCAGGUUACGAACAGUACAGAAAGCGGGAACGUUACGGGAUUGACGCCGCGAUCCGCAGCCAAGUAUACCGUUUCAUUUUAUAGCCCGGAUAGGAAAAUGCAGACCGUACCGGACGUCGUCCACAAGCAAAAAGUGAAUGCAAUGAAGAUGAAAGAAGACGCGAGACCGACGAGAGAGGACAUCGAUCGAGAGCUCGCGAAGGAAGUCAGAGCGAAAACUAAAGGGCCCAAGAUGAUUGAAAAGAAGAAAAGGAAAAACGAGAGAAGCAUAGAGGAAAGCGAAGAAGAGAAAACGAUUGAAGGGGACAAGAUCGAGAGAAGUAAGGGCGGAGGGGAACACCAUGGUAGAGUCUAUCAAGAAUUUAUGCGUCGCGCAACGGAACGAGGAAGCGUGACGAACCUGGAGGAAUCGCCGACGCACACGAACAGAACGUUAAUCACACCGCCGAGCAAUCGGACGAGACCUCGAGCGUUGUUGUGCUUGAAGUCAAACAAAGUGGAUCCAAUUAACGACACAAGUAUAUUCGACGAGGAUUGCAUCGCCGAAAGGAUGGCGCCGAGGGAGCUACUUGAUAAUCAAGCCGUUCAAGAAAGCGAGCAUGUUUCAAGGACUGGAUCGCCGAAUUUUCUAAUUAAACGGCUGGACAAUGCUUGUUUGUCCUAUAGGCGACAGAAGAGCUUAACGCCAACUUCGGACAAUUCCAGAUGUUACAGCGUCUUCAAGGACAGAAAAGGAAGAUACUUCUGCGAAUUUUGCGCCCCGGAGGAUACUAAAAAGACAACGAGCAGGCUCGAAGGCACGGAUUUACGGAAGCUACGGUGUAUCAAUUGUCUAUUGCGUCUUCGUGAUCGAGGUGUCAAAACUAACGUUAAGCUGAAAUCGGACACCUGUUCGAAAUACGGUCAAUCGCAAAGGCGCGUGACUUCACCCUCCUUCACGUAAACAGAUUGCAAUUCACAACUUACAGAUAUCUCGCGUCGAUAGAGCGCACAGUAUCGCGCGGGUCGCGGCCGGAAGCGUUAUUCGCGACGCGAUUGUUUCGCUUAGAGAUCUUUCAUUUCUUACAAUAAUUAAAUCAUUAGGAACAGCGAUUAAGGAACACAGUAUAAACUCGUCUUCACGCGGACAUGCUGGAGAAGAAAUACGCGGCGCUGAUCGCGUUGUUGAUUAUUAGCUGUAGUGAUAAUUGGCGGUAAAGAAGUACGAAUCGUGUUCUUUCUUUUUUGUUUGCCUUUGGAUUUCAGAUUUGUCGAAUCUCAGUACCACGAUUUAAUCGUGUUCCUCACUUCAUCGGAAGAACAUGAUUCGUACUUCUUUGCGUACAUUCCUGCGAAACAUGAUACUCAAUUGCCGCCCAGUUGGCGGGACGCGCGUCACUUUGUACUCUAACGCCAACGCAGUUGUCCUGUGUAGAAGAGUUUUCCGAGAUUUGCUACAAAUUAAGCAAGCCUUAUGCUCACCUUGCGUAAUUUCUAGCAAAUCUCCGAGCUCUCCUUUCACUCCAAACGCGCGGGACAAUAAAAAAAAAGAAGAGAAAAAAGAAAAUAUAACUCUAUUAUUGGCUAUUGAACCUUGAGUGAUUAAAAAAUAUAAUGAUAAAAAAUCUUAAGACACCCGUUAAAAACUGUGCGAUUAAAAAAUAUACACGGGUGAUUAAUUCGGCUUUUUAAAAUAGAUAUUAUAAAUAUGACAGCGCGCGAGACUUAAUCCAAUAUAAAUAUAUGCGGUCUUCACAAACAAACGUGUCCUUCCGGCGAAUAAGUCGCAAUUACAUAGAUUUAAAAAAAUAGAUAUAUGCCAACGAUUAUGCGCGGUUUCAGAAAAAUGGUAACAUGGCGUUUACCGAUAAAAUGUUACAAAAUGAAAAAAAAUUUCGCGAGUCGUAUUGGGUCGAUAUUCGCGAGUCGUAAUUGGCACGAUUAGAAGCAGGCAGGAGAUCAGCGAGCGUUCAGUGAUUCUUUAUUAUGAUCCUCUACACUUAGAUCUAGCAGAGAACUAAAAGCAAUCAUAUUAAAGAAUCAUUGAACAUUAAGUUGCACAGAGAUUUAACUCUUAACGACAGUUCGUCGAUUGUAUGGUAAAAAAAAGCAACGAUAGUGUCGUUGCUUAUAUAUUAAUAUGCGCAAUGACAUUAUAACGAUAACGAACUGUCGUUAAGAGUUACAAAGCUUUAGAUCUGCUGAACGCGCCAAUUGAGCUGUGAAUUGAAGAAACCGCGAUGAAAAGAGCUUAGCAACGCUUACACUAAAAACAAAACAAAACAAAACAAAAAAAAAAGAUCUUUGCGUCACUUACAUGCAAACCUUUCUCUUUGGCGUCAAUAAUUAAAAACAAAACACCAAAAACAAAAAAAUCUGUGUCAAUAAUUAAAAACAAAAAAAAAUAUGUCCUAAUGAUUGUCCCAUUAGAGUGCACACAAAAUAAACGUAAAACUUUGGUUCGCCGUAAUCUCUUAAAAUCUAAAUAAAACUCUGUCAAAACGGAAAAAGAGGAAAG